AUGGCGCUUUCUACAGCAGUGAAGGAAGGCGAUCUUGUAAAGACAAGGUCUAUUCUGGAAGACGAGACAGGUGAUACCAAGCUAGUAAUGCUAUGCAGUGUGGAUCCCGAUGGUAAGACACCCCUUCAUAUCGCUUCAGAAGAAGGGCAUAUCGACCUCGUGAAAUAUAUGACUGAUUUGGGCGUGGAUCUAGAAAAACGAAGUAGAAGCGGCGACGCCCCUCUUCACUAUGCGUCUCGAAGUGGUCGUCAGAAUGUUGCUCAAUAUCUCAUCGGGGAAGGAGCAGAUACCAACAUUGGUAAUAGCAAUGGCUAUACACCUCUUCAUCUUGCUUCGGAGGAGGACCAUGUUGGUGUUGUAGAAUGUUUAGUGAAAUCUGGAGCAGAUAUAAACAAGGGUUCAUAUGAUGGUUCUACACCCCUUUAUACUUCAGCAAGAAAUGGUCGUCUCGAUGUUGUGAAAUAUCUCAUAACUCAAGGAGCAGAUAUGACAUUAAAGGGAUAUGAAGGUAAAACUUCGCUUAGUACUGCGGCUUCCUGUGGUCAUCUUGAUGUAGUUAAAUAUCUCUUAACUGAAGGUGCAAAUAUCAACAUGGAUGACAACAACAAAUACACACCACUUCACGCUGCAUCUAAAGAGGGUCACCUUCAUGUUGUUGAAUAUCUGGCCAAUGCAGGAGCUGAUAUCAAUGAAGCAUCUCAUAAUGGUUAUACUUCGCUGUCAACCGCAUUAAUGGAGGGACAUCAGGGCAUUGUGGAGUUUCUCAUAGUUAAGGAAGCAGACAUUGGCAACAUCAAUGACGUCGGUCCACUUGUGCUUUCGAAAACAUCAUCAGAGGGCUACACCGACGUUGUAAGGUAUAUCAUAACUAAAGGGGUAAACUACGAUUUGGGUGAUAAUGAUUGUUUGACACCACUACAUCACGCGUCACAGAAUGGUCAUCUCCAAGUUGUUGAAUGUCUGGUGGAUGCAGGAGCAGAUGUCAACAAAUCAUCCGAUAACGGACACGCACCUCUCUAUACUGCAUUAAUUAAAGGUCACCUUGACAUUGUAAAAUAUCUUAUCCUUACAUCGGCAGAUAUUGGGAUCAGAGAUGACAUCGGCACAAACGCAAUUCGUCAUGCGUUUAUUUAUGGGUAUCUCGAUGUUUUAAAAUAUCUCAUCGGUAAAGUUGAUGAUCUUGAUAGGUGUGAUGUUGAUGGUAACACACCUCUUUAUCUUGCAUCAAAGACAGGCCUUCUCGACCUUGUUGAGUGCAUCGCGAAUAAAGGAGCAGAUGUGAACAAAGCAUCAGGACAUGAUGGUCUCAUGCCCCUCUACGCUGCUUCGCAAGGAGGCUAUCUCGAGGUAGUUGAAUGCCUCGUGACUAAAGGAGCAGAUGUGAACAAAGCAUCAGGACAUCAUGCGAACCCGAAUUCGGUUAAUAACGAUGGUUCUACACCCCUGUGGAUUGCCUCACAAACGGGUCAUCUCGAAGUUGUUGAAUGUUUAGUGAAUGCAGGAGCUGAUGCUAAGAAAGCAACGCAUCAAGGAUGGACACCUCUAUAUGUGGCGUCAGUGAAUGCAGGAGCUGAUGUGGAGAAAGCAACGGAGAAAGGCAGGACACCUCUUCAUGUGGCGUCAGGUAAAGGCCAUGUAGACAUUGUAAAAUUUCUCAUUUCUCAAGGAGCAAACCCGAAUUCGGUUGAUAAAGAUGGUAUAACACCCCUCUACAUUGCCUCACAAGUGGGUCAUCUUCAUAUUGUUGAAUUGCUAGUUAAUGUAGGAGCUGAUGAGGAGAAAGCAACGGAUAAAGGAUGGACACCUCUUCAUGUGGCGUCAGUGAAUGCAGGAGCUGAUGUGGAGAAAGCAACGGAGAAAGGCAGGACACCUCUUCAUGUGGCGUCAGGUAAAGGCCAUGUAGACAUUGUAAAAUUUCUCAUUUCUCAAGGAGCAAACCCGAAUUCGGUUGAUAAAGAUGGUAUAACACCCCUCUACAUUGCCUCACAAGUGGGUCAUCUUCAUAUUGUUGAAUUGCUAGUUAAUGUAGGAGCUGAUGAGGAGAAAGCAACGGAUAAAGGAUGGACACCUCUUCAUGUGGCGUCAGGUAACAGUCAUGUAGACAUUGUAAUAUAUCUAAUUUCUCAAAGAGCGAACCCGAAUUCGGUUAAUAACGACGGUUCUACACCCCUGUGGAUUGCCUCACAAACGGGUCAUCUCGAAGUUGUUGAAUGUUUAGUGAAUGCAGGAGCUGGUGUAGAGAAAGUAUCGAAUAAAGGUUGGACACCUCUUCGAGCUGCGUCAUGUUGGGGUCAUGUAGACAUUGUAAAAUAUCUAAUUUCUCAAGAAGCAAACCCGAAUUCUGUUAACGACGAUGGUUAUACAACCCUAUGCAUUGCCUCACAAGAGGGUCAUCUCGAAGUUGUUGAAUGUCUUUUGAAUUCCGGAGCUGAUGUCAAGAAAGCAGCGAAGAAUGGCGUGACACCUCUUUAUGUGGCGUCAGGUAAAGGCCAUGUAGAUAUUGUAAAAUAUCUAAUUUCUCAAGAAGCAAACCCGAAUUAUGUUACAAACAAUGGUCAUACACCCCUGCACCUUGCCUCAGAAGAGGGUCAUCUUGAUGUUGUUAAAUGUCUAGUGAAUGCAAGAGCUGAUGUGGAGAAAGCAACGGAGAAAGGCUUGACACCUCUUCAUGUGGCAUCAGGUAGAGGUCAUGUAGAUAUUGUAAAAUAUCUCGUUUGCCAAGGAGCAAGCCCGAAUUCGGUUAGAAACGAUGGUACUACACCCCUGUUCAAUGCCUCACAAGAGGGUCAUCUCGAGGUUAUUAAAUACCUGGUGAAUGCGGGAGCUGAUGUGAAGAAAGCAACAGAGAAUAGCAUGACAACUCUUCAUGCGGCUUCAGAUAAAGGUCAUGUAGACAUUGUAACCUAUCUCAUUUCACAAGGCGCAGACCCGAAUUCGGGAAAUAGCAAUGGUAAUACACCCCUGUUCGGUGCCUCCCGUGAGGGUCAUCUUGAUGUGGUUAAAUUACUAGUGAAUGCAGGAGCUGAUGCUAAGAAAGCAACGCAUCAAGGAUGGACACCUCUACAAGUGGCGUCAGGGAGAGGUCAUGUACACACUGUAGAAUAUCUCAUUUCCCAAGGAGAUAAUCCGAAUUCGGUUACAAACAAUGGUAAUACACCCCUGUUCGGUGCCUCCCGUGAGGGUCAUCUUGAUGUGGUUAAAUUACUAGUGAAUGCAGGAGCUGAUGCUAAGAAAGCAACGCAUCAAGGAUGGACACCUCUAUAUGUGGCGUCAGGUAGAGGUCAUGUACACACUGUAGAAUAUCUCAUUUCCCAAGGAGCAAGCCCGAAUUCGGUUACAAACGAUGGUACUACACCCCUGUUCAAUGCCUCACAAGAGGGUCAUCUCGAGGUUAUUAAAUACCUGGUGAAUGCGGGAGCUGAUUUCAAGAAAGCAGCAAAGAGUGGCUCGACACCUCUUCAUGUGGCGUCAGGUAAAGGUCGUGUAGACAUUGUGAAAUAUCUAAUUUCUCAAGGAGCAAACCCGAAUUCUGUUACAAACAAUGGUCAUACACCCCUGUACCUUACAUCAGAAGAAGGUCAUCUUGAUGUUGUUAAAUGUCUAGUGAAUGCAGGAGCUGAUGUGGAGAAAGCAACGGAGAAAGGCAGGACACCUCUUCAUGUGGCGUCAGGUAAAGGCCAUGUAGACAUUGUAAAAUUUCUCAUUUCUCAAGGAGCAAACCCGAAUUCGAAAGCAACGGAUAAAGGAUGGACACCUCUUCAUGUGGCGUCAGGUAACAGUCAUGUAGACAUUGUAAUAUAUCUAAUUUCUCAAAGAGCGAACCCGAAUUCGGUUAAUAACGACGGUUCUACACCCCUGUGGAUUGCCUCACAAAAGGGUCAUCUCGAAGUUGUUGAAUGUUUAGUGAAUGCAGGAGCUGGUGUAGGGAAAGCAUCGAAUAAAGGUUGGACACCUCUUCAUGUGGCGUCAGUGAAUGCAGGAGCUGAUGUGGAGAAAGCAACGGAGAAAGGCAGGACACCUCUUCAUGUGGCGUCAGGUAAAGGCCAUGUAGACAUUGUAAAAUUUCUCAUUUCUCAAGGAGCAAACCCGAAUUCGGUUGAUAAAGAUGGUAUAACACCCCUCUACAUUGCCUCACAAGUGGGUCAUCUUCAUAUUGUUGAAUUGCUAGUUAAUGUAGGAGCUGAUGAGGAGAAAGCAACGGAUAAAGGAUGGACACCUCUUCAUGUGGCGUCAGGUAACAGUCAUGUAGACAUUGUAAUAUAUCUAAUUUCUCAAAGAGCGAACCCGAAUUCGGUUAAUAACGACGGUUCUACACCCCUGUGGAUUGCCUCACAAACGGGUCAUCUCGAAGUUGUUGAAUGUUUAGUGAAUGCAGGAGCUGGUGUAGAGAAAGUAUCGAAUAAAGGUUGGACACCUCUUCGAGCUGCGUCAUGUUGGGGUCAUGUAGACAUUGUAAAAUAUCUAAUUUCUCAAGAAGCAAACCCGAAUUCUGUUAACGACGAUGGUUAUACAACCCUAUGCAUUGCCUCACAAGAGGGUCAUCUCGAAGUUGUUGAAUGUCUUUUGAAUUCCGGAGCUGAUGUCAAGAAAGCAGCGAAGAAUGGCGUGACACCUCUUUAUGUGGCGUCAGGUAAAGGCCAUGUAGAUAUUGUAAAAUAUCUAAUUUCUCAAGAAGCAAACCCGAAUUAUGUUACAAACAAUGGUCAUACACCCCUGCACCUUGCCUCAGAAGAGGGUCAUCUUGAUGUUGUUAAAUGUCUAGUGAAUGCAAGAGCUGAUGUGGAGAAAGCAACGGAGAAAGGCUUGACACCUCUUCAUGUGGCAUCAGGUAGAGGUCAUGUAGAUAUUGUAAAAUAUCUCGUUUGCCAAGGAGCAAGCCCGAAUUCGGUUAGAAACGAUGGUACUACACCCCUGUUCAAUGCCUCCCGUAAGGGUCAUCUUGAUGUGGUUAAAUUACUUGUGAAUGCAGGAGCUGAUGCUAAGAAAGCAACGCAUCAAGGAUGGACACCUCUACAAGUGGCGUCAGGUAGAGGUCAUGUACACACUGUAGAAUAUCUCAUUUCCCAAGGAGAUAAUCCAAAUUCGGUUACAAACAAUGGUAAUACACCCCUGUUCGGUGCCUCCCGUGAGGGUCAUCUUGAUGUGGUUAAAUUACUAGUGAAUGCAGGAGCUGAUGCUAAGAAAGCAACGCAUCAAGGAUGGACACCUCUAUAUGUGGCGUCAGGUAGAGGUCAUGUACACACUGUAGAAUAUCUCAUUUCCCAAGGAGCAAGCCCGAAUUCGGUUACAAACGAUGGUACUACACCCCUGUUCAAUGCCUCACAAGAGGGUCAUCUCGAGGUUAUUAAAUACCUGGUGAAUGCGGGAGCUGAUGUGAAGAAAGCAACAGAGAAUAGCAUGACACCUCUUCAUGCGGCUUCAGAUAAAGGUCAUGUAGACAUUGUAACCUAUCUCAUUUCACAAGGCGCAGACCCGAAUUCGGGAAAUAGCAAUGGUAAAACACCCCUGUUCGGUGCCUCCCGUGAGGGUCAUCUUGAUGUGGUUAAAUUACUAGUGAAUGCAGGAGCUGAUGCUAAGAAAGCAACGCAUCAAGGAUGGACACCUCUACAAGUGGCGUCAGGUAGAGGUCAUGUACACACUGUAGAAUAUCUCAUUUCCCAAGGAGAUAAUCCGAAUUCGGUUACAAACAAUGGUACUACACCCCUGUUCGGUGCCUCCCGUGAGGGUCAUCUCGAGGUUAUUAAAUGCCUAGUGAAUGCGGGAGCCGAUGUUAAAAAAGCAACAAAGAAUGACAAGACACCUCUACUUGCGGCUUCAGUUAGAGGUUAUGUAGACAUUGUAACCUAUCUCAUUUCACAAGGCGCAGACCCGAAUUCGGGAAAUAGCAAUAUUAAUACACCCCUGUUCGGUGCCUCUCAAGAUGGUCAUCUUGAUGUUGUUGAAUGUCUAGUGAAUGCAGGAGCCGAUGUCGAAAAAGCAGCAAAGAAUGGCAUGACACCCCUACAUGCAGCUUCAGGCAGAGGUCAUGUUCACAUUGUACAAUAUCUCAUUUCUCAAGGAGCAAACCCGAAUUCGGUUGAAAACAGUGGUUGUACACCCCUGUUCAUUGCUUCUAAAGAUGGCCAUCUCCAUGUUGUUGAAUUUCUGGUGGAUGCAGGAGCAUAUAUCAAUACAUCAUCGAAUAAUGGACAAGCACCACUCUAUACUGCAUUGAUUAAAGGUCGCCUUGACAUUGUAAACUAUUUAAUCAUUAGAGAUGCAGAUAUUGGGAGCAGAGAUGACAUCGGCACAACGGCAAUUCGACAUGCGUUUCUUAAUGGUUUCCUCGAUGUUGUCAAAUAUCUCAUCGGUAAGGUUGAUGACCUUGAUAGAUAUGAUAUUGAUGGUAACACACCUCUUUAUCUUGCAUCAAAGAAAGGCCUUCUCGACCUUGUUGAGCGCCUUGUGAGUAAAGGAGCAGAUCUGAACAUAUCAUCAGGGCAUGAUAGCUUCACGCCCCUCUACGCCGCUUCACAAGGUGGCUAUCUCGAGGGGCAGAUGUAA